GUUGUUGUUGGCAAAAGAAAAAAAAAAGCUUGCCACUGUCUUUUCCUUUUCCCUAUGCGUGUUCACUGUGUGUGUGUGCGUUUGGUUUCUGUGUGAGUUUUACAUGUGAUUUACGAAUCGAAAACUUUUUCAUUGGAUAAUCGAAUUCAGUCCAAAAAAAAAAAAAUCAAUCAUGCAUCUAUUUGUCAAAGGCCUUUCAGGCACUUUGAUUCUCAGUGCAAAACCAACGGACACUGUUGCCAGAAUUAAAUCCAUUAUCGAAAUAAGUGAAGGUGUUGAAGCCAUCAAACAACGAUUAAGCUAUGGUGGUCAACCACUGGAAGAUUCUGAAACAUUGGAAUCAUAUGGAAUUGAAAAUGAUUCAACAAUUUUCGUUACAUUAGGUUUGUUGGGUGGUGCUAAAAAACGUAAAAAGAAGAAUUAUACGACACCAAAAAAGAAUAAACACAAGAAAAAGAAGGUCAAGCUGGCCGUGUUGAAAUUCUAUAAAGUUGAUGAUAAUGGUAAAAUCACUAGACUUCGUCGUGAAUGUGAAAAUAAAGAAUGUGGUGCCGGCGUUUUUAUGGCCAAUCAUGCUGAUCGUCAUUAUUGUGGACGUUGUGGUCUUACAUUGGUCUACAAUAAACCAGAAGAUAAAUGAACACAUCAUUUACCACACACCACCACCAUCGAAACGAUUCAUUUUUCUUUUCACAUUCUUAAUAUAAAACGGUUUUUCUAUAAAAAAAAUGAAAUAAAAUUCUGGAUUUAAAAAA